CAACUUAUCUUCGGCAAGCCCAUCCAUCUCACAGUCGAACCAAAAGAUCAGACAGUUGUCCCCCCCACUCUGUCCAUCCUCCAGCUGCAGAAGACAGAUAGCUGGGGGGACAGUGAGCAGCUACAGCUGUGCCUGGCAUCAAGCUACUUUCCCAGAUCGGGACCGAUGACGCUGGAGCUGCAGCAUGAUAAACCCACCGUCAGUUUGAAAGCCAGCGAAGCACCCCUGUCGCCAGACACCAAAACCUACUUCUUUGCUGGAUAUUCUAAGGAUGACAUCAAGUCCUGCACGAUGAAUAACAUAACCAUAAAAGUUUAUGAAGAAGGGGCUACAACUCCUGAAACCCACUCAGAGUCCAGCACCUUGGACGGUCUUCAUACAGAUCCUGAAACCCGCUCAGAGUCCAGCACCUUGGACGGUCUUCAUACAGAGGGUAACUAUGAGCCUUCCUACUAUCUUCUAAGUGUCUCUAACGACACACAGGCCUGCCUGGCGACAGAUUUCACCUCCUACAAUGCAACCCAAGACGUGUUUGGUAAUGCAGCUGAGGCCACCAGACCUAAUAAGGACUCCUUCUACAGCCGGGUGGCGCUGUUUUCACCUGGAGAGUUUAACUGCCCAGAAAAAGAGAAGACAUGUGAUGCUGACAUUUUUGAGCCAGAUGAGAAGGUGAACUUCCUGGCUCUGGUCAUGCAAGGCCUGAGACUGAUCUUCAUCAAGACCGUUGUCUUCAACGUUCUCAUGAUGCUUCAGCUGUGGAGGAGCUACACCCAGUAGACAGAUGGAAGCCACCGCGCCCUCUCUCCAUGAUGCUGAGGACAUGAACCAGUUCUCCAUGUCCACAUUUCCUUUGGAAGGAUUGACCCUUGACCUCCUCCCCCGUUGCUUGUAAUGUCGGUGAUACUGGUGUGGACAUAGGAGCUUGUUUUGCUGUUAGAAUCCAGUUGUCCUGGACAGGAGUCUCAGCUGAACAUGUGCAGUGCAGAUGUUAAAUGUAAUUAUUGGUGCAGAUGUGCAGACCCUCCUAAAGACCUCCUCCUCAUGUUCCUUCUGUAGUGAAGAAACACCAAGCCAGCAGCACAGCCGCUCUGCUGUACUCAGCCUCACACCUAAAGCCUUCAUCCCCCCUUCCUCACAUGGCACAUGGCAUGGCUGGAAAGAUGCCAGCACCACAUCUUGUACGGCACAUGUACAUGUACAUGUAUUGUGAUGUAUGUUGUACAAUGUUGUGUUGUUACCUCUGUUCAGUAGCAGUGUGUAACUUUUUAAAUGUUUUAUAUCUUAAACAUCUACCAAUAAACAGGAGG